UGGAAAUGCGCAAUGAGAGCCCCAUGGCUCUUAGAAGAAGCACCAUUUGGGAAGCAAAAUGGGGUAGUGGCCAGUGUUCUGGACUGGAAAUUUGCAAAGCUGGGUUCUCAUUCUGGCCCUACACUAGGAAAUUAUGUGAAUUUGGGCAUGAUACCUCACCAUUCUCAUCUGUAAAGUGAAAAUACAGAUGAACUGUUAAGUUCCUUUGUACUUCCCGAGUUCUGGUGCUGGUAUUUCUGUGUGAAGUUUGGCUGUGCACACCAUGUGUUGGGGACCUGAGAUCAUCUGGGUAGCAAGUAGGCUGAUGGCUCAUUGGAAGAACAUCAUUUUCUUGAAUGCUCAUUGCCUUUGUCUCUUUCCGUAGCAUUGAGAAGUUCUGUGCCGAAGGCAUCUCACUGUUAGGAAUUCUGGUCCAGUCGAGGCAUUUGAGAACAGUGGUUCAUGUCCUGGAUAAGAUCCUGCCUUUGUUCUACCCUGGCCAGUAUUACCUUCUGAAGAACGAGCAGUUUCUGUCACACCUCCUCCUGUUCCUACACCUGGACAGUGGUGUCCUUCAGGGUGUCACACAGCAGGUCACCCACAAGGUGGCACAGCACCUGACAGGAGCCAGCCAUGGGGACAACGUGAAGCUUCUCAACAGCAUGAUCCAGGCCCACAUAUCCGUAAGCACGCAGCCCAAUGAAGUGGGCCCCGUUGCCGUGUUGGAGUUCUGGGUUCAGGCUCUAAUAAGCCAGCAUCUUUGGUACCGAGAACAAGCCAUCCUCUUCCUCAUGGACCAGUUGUGUAAAACAGCUUUUCAGCUGAUGCAGGAAGACUGUGUGCAGAAAUUACUUUACCAGCAACAUAAGGAUCUGUGGAUGGAGUAUUUGAACAUGGAGCGCAUACAUUAUGAGUUCCAGGAAACCGUUGGUCUGUGGACACAGGCCACACUGGAAUCCCAUUCUCCGCCCUGCAGCUUGUCGGUGCAGCUGGACGUCACUAAUCCUUUGUUGG